AUGAAAGGUUCCUUCAAAACAUCCUUUUCGCGUGCUGAAGGAGGUGCAGCAAUGAGGCGGCGCAUGUUGGCACAUGAGGCCAGUGGUGCGGGGCUGAAGAAGAGUCUCUUCUCCUCCUCGCCAUCCCCCUCUCCCCGUCCGAUGGGAGCGAUGCGGCGGCUGGUGCUGGUAGGGCUGAAGGAGGUGGGGCAGGCAGUGCACAGUGGGAGGGCCAAGUGUGUUGGUGCUGGCGCCUAA